CUAAUGGGAUACAUGCAUGACUUAAUUUGUAAAGUGCAUAAUGUAGGUCCCCAAAAACACACAACCAAUUUCUGAUGCAACAACAAUACCAAUAUUAAAUAGAAGCCCCUUAAACAAAGCUGCCUACAUCUAUGCUUUUUCUCUCCCUAUAAAUACAGGUUUCCACAACACUUGAGCUACCAAGUAGAACUAGCAAUCAAUAGAAUUUGAUUAAUUUUGUUGCCUAAAAAUUUUGUGCUUCCAUGGCCCCAAUACCCAUCUCCUCCAUCAAGGUUGGAGACAUUGAUGAUGUUCAAGAACUGAGAAAGACUAAGCCCACCAUAAUUCCUGACAGAUUUGUAAGGGACAUGGCUGAGAGGCCAACUCUGGCCCCUGCCAUGCCAUGCUCUAGUGACAUUCCCACAAUCAACUUCUCAAAGCUUUCAAAAGGAAGCACAGAUGAACUCAAAAGUGAAAUCUCUCAGCUUGCAGCUGCCUGUGAGCACUGGGGAUUUUUCCAGGUGAUAAAUCAUGGGAUUGAUCUGAGUCUGCUUGAGAGCAUGGAGAAAGUGGCCAAGGACUUCUUCAUGCUACCUUUGGAAGAGAAAAAGAAGUAUGCAAUGGCUCCUGGGACUGUUCAGGGAUAUGGGCAGGCUUUUGUGCUAUCCGAGGACCAAAAACUGGAUUGGUGCAACAUGUUUGCUCUUGGGGUUGAACCCAACUUUAUAAGGAACCCCAUGUUAUGGCCAACAGAACCAGAAAAGUUCAGUGGAACUGUAGAGGUUUACUCAAAAGAAGUAAGGAAACUGUGCCAGAAUCUGCUGAAAUACAUAGCCAUGGGCCUUGGCUUAAAAGGUGAUGUGUUUGAAAAGAUGUUUGGGGAGACUGUGCAAGCCAUAAGGAUGAACUAUUACCCUCCAUGUUCAAGACCUGACCUUGUUUUAGGUCUAAGCCCACAUUCAGAUGGAAGUGCCCUCACAGUGCUGCAGCAGGGGAAGGACACGUCAGUAGGACUUCAAAUUCUCAAAGAUGACAGAUGGGUUCCUGUUAAGCCCAUCCCUAAUGCACUCAUAAUCAACAUUGGUGACACCACAGAAGUUCUUACAAAUGGGAAAUAUAAGAGUGUGGAGCACAGAGCAGUGACUAAUAAGGAGAAAGACCGCCUUUCAAUUGUGACAUUUUAUGCUCCUAGCUAUGAGAUAGAGCUUGGACCUAUGGAAGAACUGGUGGAUGAAAACAACCCAUGCAAGUACAGAAGAUACAUUCAUGGAGAAUACAGUAAACACUAUGUAACCAACAAGUUGCAAGGCAAGAAAACCUUGGAGUUUGCCAAGAUUUCAAACUAGUUAAAAAAGGCCCCAUUUAGUCCCCCACCCCAUUAUUAAACUCUGUACACACUGUAUCAUUGUAAUCUGUUCCCAGUUCACCAAAUCUUGUAAAUUUCAGGCCCAAAAAGAAAAAGCUAGUUGGCGCUUAUGUAUGUCAAACAAGUACAAAUUAUUGAGCUGCACUGUUCAUGUGCAACACAAUUUGUACAAGCCUACCAAUCAAUUGAAGCCUCGUGGGGUCUUUGUGUUUACAA